AUGACUCGCUACGGACACAACACCGAAUUCCAGCAGCAGGGCUUCCCUCAGCAGGGGGGCGAUGACCGUCGCAAUGAGCAAGGUGGCUACCAACAAGGCGGAUAUCAGCAGGGAGGCCAGCAGUAUGGCCAGCAGCAGCAGCAGUAUGGUCAGCAACAGUACGGCCAACAGCAGGGUGGUUACCAACAGGGCGGCUACCAGCAAGGUGGCCCCCAGCAAGGAGGAUACCAACAAAACCAAGGAGAAGCAUCUUCAUACUACUCCCAGUCUCACCAAAACCAAUCUGGUCCUGGAGACUUCCAGGGUGGUGAAGGUGAACCCCAAGAUGGCGAGCGUGGCUUCAUGGGAGCCAUGGCUGGUGGUGCCGCCGGUGCUUUCGGUGGUCACAAGAUCGGUGGUAAGACUGGACACAGCAAGUCCAGCACUGUCAUCGGUGCGCUAGCAGGAGCCUUCAGUGGUCACAAGCUCCAGGACGCCGCCUCGGACUGGAAGGAUGACCGUGAUGAGAAGAAGGAGGAGGAAAAGCGAAGAGAAGAGGAAGAGAAGCGCCGAGAGGAGGAGGAGAAGAGAAGACGCGAGGAUGAGAAGAGGAGACGGGAUGACGACCGACGAGACGACGACCGUCACAGCCACCACCACCGCAGCUCUGGCCGUCGUCGCAGCUCUUCUCGCCGCCGAAGCCGCAGCCGUAGCCGUAGCUCUUCUCGCGGCCACUCACGCCGUGGCGGUAACUACGCCGGUAACUUCACCGCCUCAUCCCGAGACAUCAGGCUCGAUGCUCACGGCGACUAUGUCCUCCACGCUUCCUGCAAGCGUGAGGAUGGCGACUACCAGCACACCUCCAUCUCCCUCAACAAGCUUCUCGAGAACGAUAGAGGAAGCUUCCGUUGGUCCGCCGGCGGCCACCACGGUGGUUCCUCGCAGGUUACUGUUCAGCAAGGUGACACUCUCCGAGGCAUCGCCGGCCGAUUCAACACAUCUUUCGAUGAGAUUGCCAGAAUGAACAACAUCAGCAACCCUGAUCUCAUCUACCCUGGCCAGACUCUCCAGGUGCCUGGCGGCGGUAGCCAGGGUGGUGGUGGUUUCGGAAACUCGUCGCGACAUGUUCGUCUCGUCGAUGGAGGACAGAGACUGGAGGGAGAGUUGUCUCGCGAUGGCAACUGGGUUUUGAGCUCCAUCAUUCUUGACGAGAGAAUCAGGAACUACAACGGAACUUUGGAGUUGAUCUAA